UCGGUGACGACUACAACUUCCUCAACCGUCAGGAACGCCAGGCGUUACUACACGAGGGUUCUGGGUCGGCCGUCAUGUCGGCAUACGUCGAGGUCUGCUUCGACAAUACUGAGGACCGCUUCCAGACAGGCAAGCCUGAAUUCUACCUACGCCGCACGAUUGGCGCGAAGAAGGACGAAUACUCGGUCAAUCGAAAGAACGCUACAAAGGCCGAAGUUGUCCUGAUCCUCGAAUCGGCCGGUUUCUCGCGAUCGAACCCAUACUACAUUGUCCCGCAGGGUCGAGUGACGGCACUCACAAACAUGAAGGACAAGGCCCGCCUCGAAAUGCUGAAGGAGAUCUCUGGAUCCAACGUGUACGAGACACGCCGCGCAGACAGUCUGAAGCUGUUGAACGACACUGAUAGCAAGUGCGCCAACAUUGACAGCGUAGUCGAGUCAAUCAACGAGCGUCUUGGCGAACUGGAGGGCGAGAAAGAGGAGCUGGAAGCCUGGAGCAAGAAUGACAGGGAGCGGAGAUCGUUACUGUACACCCUCCAUUCGCGAGAAGAGACCGAACUCGAGUCCAAGAUUGAGCACAUCGAUACCCUGGAACACCACGGCCGCGAGAUGCGUGAAGAUAACGAGGGAACGUUCCGACAGAACGAGGACGACAUUGCUCGCCUUGAGUCUGAAAUCAAUCAGCGAACGGGUGACCUCGACAUCCUCAGGCAAGACCGCAUGCAGUACGAGGGUGAACGCAAGGCAGCCACAUUAGAAAAGGCCAAGAUUGAGUUGGACCUAAAGGCACUUAAUGAGAGCCAGUCUUCUGCUCAGCAGACCAGAAGCCGGCGUGACGCAAAAGUCAAGGCGCUCCAGCAGCAACUCAAGGCCCGGCAGACUGAGCUCGAGAAACUCUUGCCUCAAUUCGAUGCCAAGCAAUUGGAAGAGGAGGCUGUUCGAGCACAACUGCUUGAUGCGGAAGGUCAAUACAAACGUCUCCAGGACAAGCAGGGUCGAACUGCGCAUUACAGUAACAAGCGAGAGCGCGAUACCGCUUUGCGGGCGCAGAUUGACGAGACGAACGGCGAGUUGAGCCGCCGCAAGGCCGUUCUCAUGCAGACUAACGAAGAGAUCACUGAGCUUCAGGCCGACAUUGAACGACUAGAAGGCGAGAUUGCCGAGCUGAGACAAGCGGUCGAUAACGAGGGCGAUGCAGCUGUAGAUCUUGCAGCCCAGCUCGAGAAAGCCAAAGAUGCGAAGAAGGUCAUUGUCGAUAAACAAACCAGCCUUUGGCGCGACCAGAACAGACUCAGCAGUCAGCUCGGGAACGUACAGAAAGAUCUUCAGGUGGCGGAACAGACCUUUUCUCGUCUUCUAGAUCAUGGCACCAGUCGCGGUCUUGAAUCGCUGCGCAGAUAUCGCAGGGAUGGGCUGCAGGGCGUUCAUGGUACAAUCGCUGAGUUGCUUGAAGUACCGGAUAACUACCGGUCAGUCACUGAGAGCGCUGCAGAAGCAGCUCUAUUCCAUGUUGUUGUUGAAGACGAUACCGUGGCAUCUAAGAUUAUGGACCGUCUCACCAAGGACAAAGGUGGCCGUCUGACAUUUAUUCCACUGAACAGGAUCAGCGCACCAGAUGCCCAGCUUAGAGCGACAGAGAAUAUGCAGCCUCUGCUCCCAAAACUUGUAUACGAUGACCGCUUUGAGAGCGCGUUCAGGCAUGUCUUCGGCAAGAUCGUUGUAUGCCCCACUCUGGACGAAUGCAAGCGUGUCGCCAAGCAGUAUAAUGUCCGAGCAUACAAUCCAGAUGGAGACAAUGCUACCAGGAAGGGACAAUACCGCGGUGGUUACCAUGAUCCGUCACGAUCAAGGAUCAAGGCUUUCAGCGUUGUAGCCGAGAAGCGCGUACAGCUCGAAGAAUUACAGCAGAGGAAUCGUGAUAUCGAAGACGAACUGGAGUCCGUCAGACAUCAACUCACUGCAGCACAGAGCGAGCUACUCAGGCGACAGAAUGACCAGAGGAGGGGAGAGACCAGUUACGCGCCAAUGCGUGAAGAGAUUCGUGCCAAGCAGAACCUCUUGCUGGAGGCACGAGAUACGCUAGUGAACAAGCAGAGAACUGCUGCAGACCUCGGAGCGGCCAUCAAUUUGCUCGGGGCUCAACAAAGCGAUUGGGAGGCUGAAAUUGCAUCCAAGUUUACAAAGGCACUGUCGAACGACGAAGAGCAGAUGCUCGUUACUUUAACAAGCACAGUGAAAGACCUGAAGAAACAAUAUGCGCAGAUCAAGCAAGAGCGCACUACGCUCGAGACUCAGAAGAUCGAGGCUGAACUUGAACUAGGUCAGAGCUUGCAACCCGCCCUCGAUGACUUACUUGCGCAGCAAGGAGGCGCAGGAGGCUCUGUAGCUCAAUCUACAGGCCUGCGAGAGGCAAAGCGGGCGCUGGACACCAUCAACAAGACCAUCGCCAAUCUUGACCAGCAGAUUGAGGAGACCGAUGCUCAGAUCGACGAGACUCGGGCUCAGAUCGAGCAGCUUGAGUCUUCAAGGAAUGAGAAAGAACAGAGCAAUCGUGCACUUGCUGCUGCGAUGGAGAAGCAGGAGAAGUCGCUUACGAGGAAAGACGCAGACCGCAGCUCCUACACAGCCCAGCUAAGCAGGGUGAGGAAGGAGAUACGGGAACUCGGUACACUGCCCGAAGAUGUUGGCCGCAAGUAUAGUAGGUGGAACUCGGAAAAGAUCGGUCGGGAACUCACCAAGGCUACCCAAGCACUAAAGCAAUUUGCGCACGUCAAUAAGAAAGCAUACGAACAGUACGAGAAUUUCACACGACAACGCAAAACCCUUACAGACCGCCGUACCGAGCUCGACUCAUCCCGGAAAUCGAUCGAAAACCUUAUCGACGUGCUUGAUCAUCGCAAGGACGAAGCCAUUGCACGUACCUUCAAACAGGUGUCCGUCGCUUUCAAGAGUGUCUUCCAGGAGCUUGUUCCAAUCGGUACAGGUCGUCUGAUCAUCAACCGUAGAUCAGAUGGUGUCCAAGAUGACGAAGGCGAAAGCGAGGACGAAGCCCCCACACAACAAGCGAGGAAAAAGAGCAGCAAGAUCGAAGAAUACGUCAGCGUCAGCAUCGCUGUUUCCUUCAAUUCCAAGCAUGACGAGCAGCAGAAAAUUGGCCAGCUGUCUGGUGGACAAAAGAGUCUCUGCGCGCUGGCGCUGAUCUUCGCCAUUCAACAAUGUGAUCCUGCGCCAUUCUAUCUUUUCGACGAGAUCGAUGCCAACCUUGAUGCUCAGUACCGUACCGCUGUUGCAAACAUGUUACAAAAGCUCAGCGGACAGGGUGGUCCUGAUGGUAAGGGCGGCGGACAGUUCAUCUGCACAACGUUCAGGCCCGAGAUGGUCUUGGUUGCCGACAGAUGUUACGGUGUAACGUAUACCAACAAAACAAGUAGUAUCGAUGUCGUGGAUCGCGAAGACGCACUGGGUUUUGUCGAGGGGAUGCAGAAGUAGAUUUACGACGGGAGACGGGAAAGACACGAGAUGUCCUUUUAGUCCUCACCAUGCAAGUGCGAUAGCCGGCGUUCAAACAAUACCAUAGCAUUCUGUCUGUUCAUCAGAUGCGCCUGACGCGUCGUGCUUGCCUUGCUUCUUACCUUACUUUGCCACGGUACCCCUGUCGCUAUCACUGCAUAUCUCAGCCCUACACCAGUCUAGAUCUCGAUUAAGGCUGCCGUCGCCGACAGCACUACGGAAACUUUCCUAUUGUAGUAGUAGAGCGUUCGAGACCCGCAGAGAAAGGUAGGAUGCUAUUCUGACACGACGCGAUCGCACGAUGCACCUCGAGCGGGUGGUAUGUGAUACAGGGCUGAUAGAACGUUGACCAAUUGGGAAGG